GUUUGGUUUCAAAAUCGCCGAAGCAAGGAGCGCCGAAUGAAACAGCUCUCCGCACUUGGUGUUCGACGGAAUUUCUUUCAACAGCAACAACAACAACAACAGCAGCAUGUUCAUCAUCUGACCGCCAGACGAAUGCGGUUGGAUGGAAGUGAGUGUGAACCGCGUGAUACCUUCGGACUGGAAGAUCUGCCACCUGAUGUGAUGGCCGAAAUCCUACACAUGCCGCUUCUGCAUGCCCCACAGCAGGCCCAAGGCUAUCAGAGCAGUCUCUUCUGCGUUGAUGCCCAUCGUGAUUUCUAUAACGCAGUGGUGGCCGAAGCAACAGGACCUCUACAAAUGGGAGCUCCGCCUGUAUUUGCCUACAAUUCCUCACCACUCUCAGCUGGAUAUCGGAAUCCCUUUAUUGGCAGCAGUGGCAGCAUGGCCUACUCUUCACCUCGUGAUGAAAGUGGAAUGGUGAAAAAAGUGUCGCCACUGUCACCUCAACUUGGAAAGUCUGAUGAGCAAAUUAGCGAUUCAUCAGUUUAUUUUUCUGAUGGGUGUGCAUAUCCCCUGGAGAAAUUUGCUCCAACCUCACCUUCAGAAUCCUUCACGCAAUUGGUUGAACGGGGCUUCCCUCGUAAUGCCCGAUUUCUCGGGGAGCAUGAUCUCUCAUCUGCUACCCAAGACAAUUUCGCUCAUCAAAAUCAUCCCCAUUCUCACGAUGUUCAGUCAAGUUUAAGCCAACAGCUCACUCACCUUUCACCUAUUAGACCCCAACGAGGACCUGUGGACCAUCAGAUGACCUCUACAGGUAUUAUUGAAUGUUCUUGGUAG